CAGACGCCACCGGGGUGGUUAGAUGAUGCAUGUGCUAAUUGUGUAGGCUGGAGGUUGCUGAGCGGCGGUAGUGCUAAGACUGGCUGGUUGCUCGGAUCAGCUGUGACUCAGUUCCCCCGAGCCCCUCUGGGCAGUUCUUUCCUCGGGCCCGUUUAAGUCUGCGAUGAAACAAGCGUCUCUGCUCAGCUUUGUUUUCCUGCUGCGCGUUGCUCUGGUCCUGACAAAACAUUAUCCCUCAUCCAUGGGGUUUCUUUGCCUGUAGGUGGUAUGUCGUUGCCCUCUGCAGUGUGUUUGCCCCCCCAGCCCACCCCAUUGUGCUCCCGGGGUCAGCAUGGUGCCUGAUGGCUGUGGGUGCUGCAAAGUCUGUGCCAGGCAGCUGAACGACGACUGCAGCAAGCACUGGCCAUGUGACCCCCACAGGGGGCUGGAAUGCAACUUUGGGGCAGACCCCUUGGCCAGCAAGGGCAUCUGUCGGGCCAAACAGGAAGGCCGGACGUGCGAAUACAACGGGCGGAUCUACCAGAACGGUGAGAACUUCCAGCCCAGCUGCAAGCACCAGUGCAGCUGCAUCGAUGGUGCCGUGGGCUGCCUGCCCCUCUGCCCCCUGGAGCUGCCCCUGGCCUCCCUCAGCUGCCCUGACUCACAGCUGCUCAAGGUGCCUGGCCAGUGCUGCAAGAAGUUUGUGUGCGGCAAGGGGGCCAAGAGGUUUGGGGAGGUCUCCUUUGAGGGCGGGGAGACCAAAAGCAACGAGCUCAUCUAUGUGGGCAAGGACCGGCACUGGAAGAACAUGCCGGCCUGGCCACCUCUGUUCAAGGCCCAUUCUGUGCUGAGGAAAUGCCUAACCCAGACCACGGACUGGUCUCCCUGCUCCAAGACCUGUGGCCUAGGUGCCUCCACCCGGGUCACCAACAACAACCCUCAGUGCAAGCUGGCCAAGGAGACGCAGCUGUGUCAGAUCCGACCCUGUGACCAGCCUGACUUCACCAAGCUGAAGAAGGGCAGGAAGUGUCUCCGGACCCACAAGGCUCAGGAGCCGGUGCAUUAUAUCUACGCCGGCUGCAAGAGCCUCCGCAAGUACCAGCCCAGCUACUGCGGCUCAUGCCUGGACGGGCGCUGCUGCGUGCCCCUACGCACCCGCACCCUGGCUGUGCCCUUCCGCUGCCCUGACGGGGACUCCUUCACGCGCAGUGUCAUGGUGAUCCACUCGUGCCAGUGCGGGCCAGCCCACUGCCAGCCCCUCAAUGAGGCUGCCAUGCACCCCCAGCACCGGCUAGACGGAGACACGCACAAGUUCCUGGAGUGAGCGGUGCCGGCACCCCAGAGUGGGCAGGGGUCCUGGUGAUGGUGUGGGGGGAGGGAUACCCCCCACACUCAAAUGACACUUCAGGGAUUUGGAUCUCAGCCAUGGGGGGGGGGGUCUCUAAGCUGAUGGGUAGGGGGUAGGCGUGUGGAGCUAUUGCCCCACAUGGCAGCCCCUUUCUAGCCUAUAUUUCCACCCGUGUCCCCUCCUCCCCACCUAGGGUGACCAGAUGUCCCGAUUUUAUAGGGACAGUCCCGAUUUUUGGAUCUUUUUCUUAUACAGGUUCCUAUUACUCCCCACCCCCGUCCCGAUUUUUCACACUUGCUGUCAGGUCACCCUAUCCCCACCACUUCCUGUCCCAUGGUGCCUCUUUCCACCUGUGCCCCUUCGUGUCCCCCAUUUCCAUUUCCUACCCCAUAGAACCCCACUGCACCCCCACUUCCUCCUGGGAGUGGGAGAAUCUCACCACAUCUACCACCAUCCCCAACCUUGCUACCCGCUCCCCCUCCAAACUGGCAUGCUGUCUGCCUCUGCCUUGUGUGCACUCACUGCCCCCUGGUGGUGAGCCCCCCAAUGGACACCCUCUCCGUCCCUGGCGGAAAACAGUAGGUAUCAUUUGAACCACAUGGCGGCUAUAGACAGCUGCCCCCACCCUCUAACAAUCCAAAGGGCUCUUCUCUUUUCUUCCCCCCCCUCCCCCGCAGCCUCAUUAAAGCACUUUUUCAGGAGCCACAGGGCUUGUGGUCCCAUGGGAAGGAUGCAUUGGAUUCAUGCCUGCUCUAUCGCCCCCUGCUGGGUGGUUUUAUACCCACAGGUACAGCAAUGUUGCAUUGGGGGGGGGGGGAGCAAUUGUUUAGGGGAAAAUGUUUUUUUGUUUUGUUUGUUUUUUUUCUUACACUCACACUCAGCUUCAAACUUAGCUUGGAGCGAUGGCUCUUGGCUUCAUAAUGAAGCCCAUAUCAUCUGUCGUCCCAUCCCCCCUUCUUGCUGUCUUCCCUGCCUUGUUAAUUAACUGCUUGAUUUUUCUUUCUCUUCCCUGCACUGUUUAUAGUGACUGUCACCAUGAUUGCAAGUCCCUUCUCUCUCUUGCUGGUGGGUAUAAUUGCUUUGUGAGGGGAGGGUCAUCCCCAGACAUCCUGCAAACUCGUAUCUCCAUCCGAAUGUCCUCUGCCCCCCCCCCAAAAAAAAUUGGAAGGGAGUUUAGAAGCUGGUCUUCUGCUCCACUCCCUGGCUAGAUAGCUAGGUGCAAAUGUCACAGCUGGAUCCACCAAAGCUUGUAAAGCUUAUGGGGCUCUUCUGAACUGCCCCACCAGACCAGCUGUCUCUUCCCUGCUCCAGAAAGGCCAGUUCUCAUCUUAGUUUGGCUUAGAACAGGAAUGGCAUAUGAGACGAGGGCAGCUUUUUGUUUCUCUCCUAAAUACUCCCAUCCUGCCCCCAUCUCCCACUCCAGAGAAGUUUAUCCAGAAUUCUCCCUUCAGUGCAUCUAACUAAGCUUGGCAGCAUUCGAUUUUAAUUCCAGUUGAUAAUGGUGGUUUGGUUUUUUAAGUGUUGUUGUUGUUGGUUGUUGUUUUUUAAACUUUUAGUUGUGGGAAAUUAUGUGGGGGCAGACAAUGGGGGUGUGUGUCAGCCACCAAUUAAUUACAGUAGUAGAUGUUGAGAUUCAAAAAGUUAAAGCUUGUUCACUGUUAAAACACAAAUGGCCAAUGCCCCAUGUUAAAUUAUACACAGAAAACUGCCUUAAAUCAAACUCAGAAGAGUCCUCAAGCAGCAUUUUUCAGCCAUGGCCGAUCAUCACUGAUAACUGACGUACUGAAGCUACGUGUAACCCACCCUGAGCAGCCUUGUCGCCCUCUCGUACCUAAACCAUGUAUAGAGGCUCACAAAUGCUACAGAGUAGAUACUCCUGCUUCUAGAUUCUCUGGUUCCAUCCCCGCUGGGGCAUCUCAGUAGAGGCAGCCCCCGCCUUGUCUUGAGAGGUUAAACAGCUACUAAAGAGUUAAUUGAGCUUGGUAGCCCUGAGGGGUUAGUGUCUCUGUUCUAUGUCCAGGUCAGUUGCUACCUCCCAGCACAGCUAUUUCUCUGUGUCUAAAGUGUACAGUGCUCUGUUUAUAAAAUAUUCUAUAUGUAUUUAUCACAAUAAAAGCAGCUUAUUUUUUUUUAUUUUUGGAUAUAAAUGACAGUCUACGUUUUUGGAA